AUGUCCCGUCAAAACUACGCAGUCCCCCUAAUGGGCGCAGCAGCCCUUCUAGGAGGCGGCAUCUACUACGUCCGCAAGCCCUCUACAACCGCAGGCGACCCUGCCCAACAAAUCGCAAACAACGCAGAUAACUCCCGCCCGUCUUCCGACGCAGUCGCAGAGCAGCGCAAGAAAGCCGCCGACGCGAAACGCGACAAUGGUCUCGGCGGUGCAGGCAUCGGCACCAACACGGGUGCCACCGGUGGCGCGGAGCUGAGCACCGGCAAUCGAGGCGGCAGCAGCGCCGACCGUGAUACUCCCAAGGGUCCCAAGGACAAGUUCCCCUCUGACGCUGGGGAGAUUGGAGGCGGACCAGGAAGGGCAAACUCGAACACCCGGGCGAUUGAGACGCAUGGUCCUUCUAUGACACGAAGCAGUGGCAGUUCGGGAGAAGGCAUUGGGUCUAAGAUCCAAGGGUUCUUCACGAGUUCCAGCAAGAAUAACGAGAAGCCCAGGCAGGCUCCGGUCGAUACCAAGAUUGUGAGCCAUUCGCCCGAUACCCCGACGAACCGUGGUGGAAGCCCUUGGGAUAAGGAGCGGAGGGACGUGGUCAACCACAACCGCUCCGCAGAGUCAUGA